CUACGGAGUCUGGAAGAUGUGGUACUUGACUCCUGGAGCCACAAUGGCAGAGGGAUUACCCGAAAUCAAGACCGACAAGGAAAUCGUGGAGGGUCUGCUAGUUGAUACAACACAGACUAAGGAGGUCUCACUGUUUGUUGAUUGUGUCGAGGCUGAUGAUGGUUUGAUGGGUGACAAUGACAGUGCAAACAACAUGGCAAGGCUUGAAAAAGAUGAUGACUACUUUGAAGCGGGGGAAAAUUCGGCUGCUAAGGAGAUAAAGAACAUGGCUGACUCUAGUGAUGAGGAGUCAUCUGAGAAGCAGACUCAUCUCCCAAUGGUCAACAGUCCAGAUAGUGAAGCAGGGGAAGAGGUGGAUCAGCCUAUGGAAGAUGCUGGUGACAUGGACGAGGAAGAAGAUGAUGGAGACUACAAUCUUGAUGAAGAUGAAGAAGAUGGCCAGAAUGAGGCUUCGGUUUCUGCCCAUAGAAGAAGCUCAGGUUUGUUGGAUGAGGAACCCACAGAUAUGUUUGAUGAUCUGUCUUUCUACGAUCCAAAUUGUGAUCACAACGUGUUGGAGCUCCACUUAUUGCCAAGCACUUCCUUGAGCGUUUCAAGAGUGAGCCAGAUUGGAAAGCCCCACUUAUUGCGGUUGAGGUGAAAUGGGAGCUUGGAGUCGAUGUUGAAUUGAAGGCGUGUUAUACUGCGAGGGCCAUUGCUAAAGAGAUGUUAUGUGGUACUCUUGAACAAGAGUAUAACAAGCUUCGUCGUUAUGUGGCUGCACUAAUAGCAGCAGAUCCUGAGGGACGGUUAAAACUUG